CGGGGGCCCCAGUGUGCCUUUGGGGCCCCGUACCCCCUCCCCUUUCUCCCCCCUCUGCCAAAGUGCCCUUUUAGGGUUUCCCCACAAAUCCCCCGGUUUUCCAAAUUUUUUCAUAGGUUUUUGGCCGGGUUAAAGGCCUCCCAUAGAGUGCCGCAGGACCCAAAAUCGGCCAUGGCCCCCGUACCGCCUGAGUCACGCUGCUGCUGGUACCACAGUGUGACCUGGGUCCCUGUAACGGCCGUGCCAUUGUUGCUCCCACUCUGCCAUGUGCCACUUUGAGGUCUCCUCACACUCCCUGCGCGUGUUUUUUUCCAGAUUUUGUCAUAGGUUGCUGGCAGCAGAUUACAGGCCUUCCAUAGGUGUGCCGCCAGGCCCCAAAUCUGCCAAUGUGGGCCCCCAGUACCCGCUCUGGUC